AUGUAUAUUAAACGGGUAAUCAUAAAAGGUUUCAAAACUUACAGGAAUGAGACUAUAAUUGACAACUUCUCACCGCACCAUAAUAUCAUAAUUGGGUCGAAUGGUUCAGGUAAAUCCAAUCUGUUUGCUGCCAUUCGGUUUGUGCUCAGUGACGAUUAUUCAAACUUGAAAAGGGAAGAGAGACAAGGUUUAAUUCACCAAGGCACUAGUGGAGGGUCAUCGGUCAUGAGUUGUUCCGUAGAAAUUGUGUUUCAUGAUCCUGAUAAUAGAAUGAUACUGGCCUCAAACGCUAGUAUUGUCCCAAGACCAAAUAAUGAAGUCUUUAUCAGAAGAACAGUGGGUCUAAAAAAAGAUGACUACCAAAUCAAUGAUAGAAAUGUCACUAAAAGUGACAUUGUAAGAAUCUUGGAGACGGCUGGAUUCUCAAUGAGUAACCCAUAUAACAUAGUUCCACAAGGUAAAAUUAUUGCUUUGACCAAUGCUAAGGACAAAGAAAGGUUGCAAUUAUUAGAAGAUGUUGUUGGCGCUAAAUCAUUCGAAAUAAAACUAAAUGAUUCCUUGAAAAAAAUCAAAGAAACUGAAUUUAAAAAAUCAACAAUAGAUAAAGAAUUGAGUGAACUAAAGAACAAACUCAAUGAAAUGGAGUGGGAAAAAUUAGAGCUCGAAAAAUUCAAUAAAUUUGAUAAGAACCGCAAAGUUUUACAAUUCACCCUUUAUGACAGAGAAUUGAAUGACUUGAUCAACCAAAUUGAAUCGCUUGAUGAUGAUUAUAACUCAAUUUUGCAGUCUUCGGAGAGUUAUAUCCAAGAAUUAGAUAAAAGAGAAACAAUGGUGAAUGAUGUUACCAUGAAUCUGAACACCAUAGGAAAUCAUCUUAAAAUCAAAAUAAACAAUGAUUUGCAACAAGCUAAGUCUAAUCUUGCUGAAGUGUUAAAUAAAUCUGCAGAUAUUAAUCUAAAAAUCAAUGAUCUACAAAAUCAACUAAGUCUAAAUACCGAACAGUCUACAAGCCUGAUGGAUAACUUGGGUAAAAUAAAAAAUAGAAUUUCUGAACGUCAGGAAAAACUAAAUAAGAUUUUACCAAGGUUCAAUGAACUCACAAACCAAGAGUUGAAAUUUAAGUUUGACUUAGAACAACUUAAACAGAAACAGAGAGAUCUACUAUUGAAACGUAGUAGUUAUGAAAGAUUCGAGUCAAAACAGGAACGUGAUAAUUGGAUCAACUCUGAAAUUAAAGAGCAAGAAUCGAAUUUGAAUGAUCUACAAAAUCAUUCGCUGAACAAUCUCUCUAUCGAGUAUGCAAAUAUCAAAGCAUCCCUAAACGACAUGGAUGUGGAAAUAAACUCUCUAAACGAAUCCAUAGCUGGAAAUGAGAUAACUUCAAAUAUGGAGGGACUAACUACACAGUAUAAUGAGAGAAAGCGCCUAUAUUCUGAAAAGAUUGAUCAACGUAAAGAGUUAUGGAGACGUGAGCAGAAAUUGCAAGCGAUUUUGGAUACUGUAUCAAAUGAUCUUAAACAAUCAGAAAGAAACCUUAAUGAAACAAUGGAUAGAAAUCUGUCACAUGGUAUUGCUAGUAUCAAAGAAAUUACCCAGAAAUUAAAGCUACCACCAGAUUCCGUCUUUGGGACAGUUGGUGAGUUGAUAAAGGCCAGUGAGAAGUACAAAAAUUGUGUGGAAAUAAUCGGUGGUAAUCAACUUUUUCACAUAAUCGUUGACACUGAGGAAACGGCAUCUCUUCUUAUGCAAGAAUUGUACAGAAUGAAGGGUGGCAGAGUCACUUUCAUUCCAUUAAACAAAAUCUACAAUGAUCCCAAUAUUACAUAUCCCCCAGCAGAUCAAUAUUCUUCUUUUACUCCACUAAUUAAAAAACUGAAAUACGAGUCUAAAUUUGAAGGUGCCAUGAAACACAUAUUUGGUAAAACUAUUGUUGUCAAAGAUCUUUCAUAUGGUUUGAAAUUAGCGAAAAAAUUCAAAUUAAAUGCAAUCACCCUAGAUGGGGAUAGAGCGGAUAAAAGAGGUGUGUUAACAGGUGGUUACUUUGAUUAUCACAAGAGGACAAGACUAGAAAGUUUAAAAAAUCUUUCUGAUGCAAGAGACUCACAUGCACAAACAACAGCUGAUUUAGAAACAGUCAAACGGGAACUGGCAAUCAUCGAUUCUGAAAUUGAUAAGCUAAAUGGUGAAUUGAGAACUAUAUCGAACCAAAGAGAAACAAUUUUAACUAAUGUAGAGCAUCAGAGGGUAAAACUGAACAACAAAAAGUCUGAGAAAUACGUCCUUGAGGAAUCGUUGCAAUCUGUCGUGCUAAAAAGAGAAAAAGUGGAAACAAAUAUAAGCAUUAUUCGGGAAAAAGUCAUUUCGUAUCAACAUGAUUUGGAGACAGACUUUGAAAGUGCACUUUCUUCGGAGCAAAAGCAGCUUUUAGAGACCAUCAGUGCCUCUAUUAGCAAGAUUUCCAAUGAUUUAACAGUAACUUCUGAAGCGCUCGAAAGCAUUACGACAACAAUAAAUACGCUGAAUGCAGAACUGAAUUCCAAGCUCAUACCCCAGCAACAAGAUAUUGAGUCGAAAAUUUCAGAAAUUGGCGGAGGUUCCAUUGCUCAAGAUUUAGUCGAAGAAUUAAGGUCGCUAGAAUCACAGAGAGAAAGAUUAGACUCUGAACAGGAGGAGGCCAAAAAUGAUAUCUACACAAUUCAGAAUGAAAUUGACGGCCUAAAUGGGGAAAAAACCAAUAAUGAAAAAAUAUUGGAGAAAGCCAACUCCCAACAACGUCUUCUAUUAAAGAAGAUUGAGAAUUAUCAGAAAAGUGUAGAGAAGACACUGAUCAAAAAGACAACCCUAGCCUCCAGACGGGAUGAGUUACAACAAAAAAUCAGAGAAAUUGGUUUAUUAGCUGAAGAUGCAUUGAACGAUUUUAACAGUCUCUCAAGCGAGGACUUGUUAGAAAAGCUAAAUGAAGCCAAUUCCGAAAUAUCGAAGUUGGUAAAUGUUAAUAAGAGAGCCUUUGAAAACUUCAGAAGGUUCGGCGAAAAGCAAACAGAGUUGGUUGAAAGAUCGAGAGAAUUAGAGCUGUCUAAAAUAUCUAUUCAGGAACUGAUUGAAAAAUUAAAGGAACAAAAAAUCAAUGCAGUUGAUAAAACUUUUAGAAAAGUCUCAGAAAAUUUUGUGAAAGUCUUCGAAACUUUGGUUCCAAGAGGUACCGGUAAAUUAGUGAUUCACAGGACCAACCAAGAAAAUUCCGCCACUCCAGAUCUUGAGGAUGAAACUAACGAUAUGGAUAUAGAUGCGCAGCCGAUGUAUACUGGUGUAUCGAUUUCUGUGUCAUUCAAUUCCAAAAAUGAUGAGCAACUGCAUGUUGAGCAAUUGUCAGGAGGACAAAAGACAGUAUGUGCAAUUGCUCUUAUUUUAGCAAUUCAAAUGGUAGAUCCUGCACCAUUUUACCUAUUUGAUGAAAUUGAUGCUGCCUUAGAUAAACAAUACAGAACUGCUGUUGCGAAUACCUUAAAGGAAUUGUCCAAAAAUGCACAGUUUAUAUGUACCACAUUUAGAACAGAUAUGUUACAAGUUGCUGACAAGUUUUUCCGUGUGAAGUAUGAGAAUAAAAUUUCUAGCGUUCUUGAGAUAGAAAGGGAUGAGGCUAUUAAUUUCAUACGUGGUAGUAGCAGGUUUGCAGAUGUCUGA